CCGGUUGUUGUUGAUCAAAAAGGCCACCCACACUGUAGACAGGGAGGUUUUGCAAUUCAUCUUACGAUUUCAUCAGUUUACCGACUCUUAUUAACGAAGAUCAGAAACAGACAAGAAGCUAGAACAACAGGUGCAAACAGCAUGCUAUUUUUUUUCUGUGACCACACUUUCAAACAUCAUUUAAUUUGAACUGAGAAAAUUUUCCAGCCAAAUUUGGUCAGAAUGGAGGUGAAGAUAUUGUUCCAGUCGCUUCUCAACAGCUUAGUGACAUUCGUCUUUGGCUUCAUGUCUUUUAUCAUCAAUGGCGACCGUCCCCUGGCAAAGAUCCCACCAGUCCGCAACCCACUUCUCCUGGAGAGUGCUUCCAGUUUGGCCAAGAAGAUCAGAUCACGGAAGCUCAAAAGCCUGACAAUCGUCGAAGCCUACAUCGAUCGCAUCAAGGAAGUCAAUGGCCUCUUGAAUGCCAUGGUGUCAUAUCGUUUCAGCGAGGCGCGGGACGAAGCCCAACAGAUCGACGAAAUGCUGGACUCCGGCCAGGUCCCGGAACGCUACUCGGAGAAGAACGCUCCGUUUCUUGGGGUACCGUUGACGGUCAAGGAAGCUUUUUCCGUCAUAGAUCAACCGAACACUAGUGGGCUCAUCAACCGUAAGGACAUUGUGUGCGACCGCGACGCACCGGUGGUAGACAACCUACGCCGCUCCGGUUGCAUCAUACUGGGCGUGACUAACGUCAGUGAGCUGUGCAUGUGGUACGAGUCAGCCAACUUUGUCUACGGCCGGUCCAACAACCCUUACGACAUCCGCAGGAUCGUCGGCGGAAGUUCAGGGGGAGAGGGUUGCAUUUUGGGAGCAGCAGGGUCGGUGAUUGGCAUUGGGUCAGACAUAGGGGGCAGUAUUCGCAUGCCGGCUUUCUUCAAUGGCGUAUUUGGCCACAAGCCAAGUCCAGGUGUGGUGCUGAACUCUGGUCAGUUUCCCCCGGCAAGUAAGGAGCGUAGCUGCAUGCUGGGCACAGGUCCAAUGUGCCGCUUUGCCGUCGACCUCGACCCAAUGCUCCGCGUCAUGGCCGGCAGUUACGGGCUCUCCAAACUCAGACUGGACGCUCCCGUGGACCUGAGGAAUCUGCGGUUCUUCAGCAUGGGCGACGACGUCCGAUUGAAUAUGGCGUCGGCCUUGGAUCCCGAACUUGUGGAGGCUCAGGCCCAGGUGAGGACGUACCUGCAGACAAAAUUGGGCGUGACGGUCCAGCGACUGCAGCUGUACCGCCUGAAGUACACGGUGGACAUGUGGUUCAGCAUGAUGUCCACCAUCGACACCGAGUCCUUUACCCACAUGCUGGGCAACAACGGGCCGCGGGUCUACCCCCUGUGGGAGUUGCUGAAACGCACGGUGGGCUUGUCCAGCCACACGCUGCCGGCCAUCAUGCUGGGUCUGAUCGAGGGGCUGGACAAGCUGAUACCGGAGCGCACCCAACGCCUCUUGGCCAAACUCGGCAAACUCCGGGAGGAGUUGGAGAACAUCCUCGGCGACGACGGCGUGCUGAUCUACCCGUCCCACCCCAAAUUGGCGCCGUUCCACAACGCGCCGCUGCUAUACCCGUGCAACUUCGCCCCGACGGCCACCUUCAAUAUGCUCAGCCUGCCCGCGACACAAGUCCCGCUCGGGCUUAGCGCGCAGGGUCUACCGUUGGGGAUUCAGGUUGUCGCGAAUCGGUACAAUGAUCACUUGACGUUGGCCGUAGCCCGGGAGCUUGAGAAGGGGUUUGGCGGGUGGGCGGCCCCUAUAGGAAUGGGUAUGUAUCACGAAGCUAUCGAACACGACACCACUUAGAGAUAAACGUGAAUUUGACGAAAGUGUAUUCCAUUGCAGCUUUAGCUUCAAAACCCUCCUCAGGUUUAUUUUAUGAACAGCCAGCACAAUGUUUGUAUAAGAGAUGCAUAUUCAUAUUCAGAAAAGCAGCUCUAAUUCUUGAAUGAAAUGAUGCCAGACUGUAUCAGGUGAUGGUCUGUGAUUGGACAUUCUCUGCAUGAUGUCAUCCUAUUAAUAUGUAUUUAUGCGUGUACAGUACUACAAGCGUCUGCAAAGGUGCGACUUGCUAAAGACCCUGUCAAAGUAGAAUGCAGUUUGUUUUUCUGUUUCUAAUAAAAAUUGAAAUUGUGCUUGAUUUGAAUGAAAAGUUGUAAAAAGUCAGCUGUAAAAAAAUUAAUAAAUCAAUGUUUUGCUUCAAAAUCUUAGACGGAUAAAGAAAGCUGCAUUUUACUAAAUCUGUAUUUAAAUUGCCAAAAAAGAAGAAAAAUAAUGAAGAACAAAUGAAUGUGAUUGCUGUAUAUUUUACUUGAACAGCGCCCUCUAUUGACAGCUUGUGCCUUUUGAUAUUUUUGUCUGUAUAAAACGAGUGCUCAAAUCUACGUUAAUACACAAGUGUGAAAAAUUUACUUGUUUUAAACUGCACAAAGUAUUUAUGUAUUAGAGUUUAUUUGUAACUAGCUAUGAUUCUAAUUAAAACCUUGUUUUUUUUGUAAUAGGUUGCAGUACAGAUGGUUAAAAAAAAUUUUUUCAAUUCAAUAAUAGUUUUCCAUCAAAAAUAAGGUAAAAGAACCGUGGGAACAAUAAGUUGCUAUGUAAGACAUGGAUGGUUUGCAGGCUAUUUUGUUUGCAAAAUAUUUUUGUGAAAUUGUGCCUUGGGCGUUAGUGUUAGUACCAACAAUUCAGUGAACAGUUUUUAUUUAGAUAAAUAUGAGUUUUAUCUUUUUUUUAUAAUCAAUUUCACAAUGUGUAAUAUUUUCUAUAAUUUCAUUUGAAUUCUGUUACAAAUGUUGCCUGUUUAUAAAAAUGAAAAGGUACUUUUAAAUUUUCUUUUACAUCUGUGAAAAGUGAGUAAGAUUCAAGACUAUAUGAAUUUUCAUAAAUUCUUAUUUAAAUUGUGCAAUAAUUUGGCGUCACUGAUUUUAAUAAGUCAGAAUCUUUUGGUCUGGUAACCAGACUACUGAGUGAAGGCACAUAAUGCAAUUCUUUCAGAAACUUGACGCACAUUGUAGCUUGUUUAGUGUUAUUUAUAUUGCACUUUGUGGCAUGAAAAAAAGGCGGUUGAUUUUCAAGUUUAAUUAUUGGCAUCCCCAAACAAAUAACUAUUGUGUUUUGAGGAAAAUUCAUCAUGCCUCCUUCUAAGAGAGAAAAUUCAAAUGAAUAAAAAAUAACAAAAUAAAUAAAAUAAAAUAUAUUGAAGCACA